AUGUCGAAUUCGACUUACGGCGGUCAAGGCUCGAUCCCCGACCUCGCCGUCAGGUACAGUGGCGUGCCAUCACGCUUAUCACAAGAGGCCAUCGACGCCAAAUCAAAGCUAUUCUCGCAGAAGACACUGCCCGACAGCGUUGCACGACGACGAACAGCGCUGCCACCUGGCGUGUCAAGAGAGAACUUCGACCAAGCCAUUGCCGAGCUACGAAGUGCCCUGGGCCAGGAGAAUGUCGAGCUCAACGACAAACCACUCGUAGACGGGUGGUACAUGGAACAUCCCAACACGCACGACGCAUACCACAUUGCCGACCAGGAAGAACUUAUCGCCAGCGCCGUGGUGUACCCUUCCAGCACGGAGGAAGUGCAAAAAAUCACCCGGUGGGCGAACCAGCACAAAAUCCCCAUCUACCCGAUUUCCAUGGGACGCAAUAUCGGCUACGGAGGUGCCGCUCCACGAAUCCCCGGGUCCGUCGUCGUCGAUCUAGGCCGUCGGAUGAACAAGAUCCUCGACAUCGACGCGGACAAUGCAUCCUGCAUCGUCGAGCCCGGCGUGUCGUACUUUGCUCUGUACGAGGAAAUCCAACGACGAAAACUGCCGUUGUGGAUUGAUUGUCCCGACCUGGGCGGCGGCAGUGUGCUCGGCAACGCCAUCGAUCGUGGUGUCGGAUACACGCCAUACGGCGACCACUUCGCCAACCACUGCGGAAUGGAACUCGUCCUGCCUACGGGCGAACUACUCCGAACCGGCAUGGGUGCCAUGCCCGGCAAGGACGGCGCGGACAACCCGACGUGGCAAUCGUUCCAGGCCGCGUACGGCCCUUACGUUGACGGCAUCUUCAGCCAGUCCAACUACGGCAUCAUCACAAAGAUGGGCUUCUGGCUCAUGCCGGCGACAUCGCACCAGAGCUACAUGAUCACGUUCCCGCGCGAAGACGACCUGGAGCAGAUCGUCGAGAUCAUCCGGCCGCUCGCGCAGAAGCGCGUGUUGGGCAACGUCCCUCAGCUGCGGCACGUCAUCCAAGAACUCGCCGUCACGGGCAAGCCGCGCACCCAUUGGUACAACCCCGAGGGCAGCAAAAACAAAAGGGGGGGCCAGAUGCCGCGCGACGUGAUCCGCCAGCGGGCCUCUACCUUGCCCUGCGGCGACGUGUCGUGGGUGUUUUACGGCACGCAGUACGGCGACGAGGCCACGAUCGCGGCGCAAUUGGAUCUGAUCAAAAAGGAAUUCGCCAAGGUCCGGGGUUCCAAGUUCAUGCUGCCCCAUCAACUACCGCAGGACCAUUACCUGCACUCGCGCGUGGCCGUGUGCAGCGGCGUGCCCGCGCUCCGCGAACUGGACUGGCUGAACUGGGUCCCCAACGCGGCGCACCUGUUCUUCUCGCCCAUCUCGCCGACAAAGGGGAAGGACGCGACCGUCAUCCACAGCAUCAUCUGCCGGCUGCACGCCAAGUAUGGCUUCGACGUAUUUCCGACCAUGUGUGUCGCGGGCCGCGAGAUGCAUUACAUUGCCAACAUCGUCUAUGACCGCGCGGACCGGGACGCCAAACAGCGUGCCACAAGCCUCAUGCGCGAGAUGAUCCGUGAAGCCGCCAACCAGGGCUACGGCGAGUACAGGACGCAUCUGCUCUUCGCCGACCAGGUCGCCGAGACGUACAGCUGGGGCGGUGGCGCCUUGAGGAAGUUCAAUGAGACGGUCAAGGAUGCCUUGGACCCCAAUGGGAUCCUGGCCCCCGGACGGAACGGCAUCUGGGGCAAGAGGUUCAGAGGCAAGGGCUGGGAGAUCCUCGAUGGAGAUAAGAGGGACAUGCUGAAGGAUGGAAUUAGUCCGAAGUUGUGA